CGCUGCUGUGCCUCUUGUUGCUGUGUCUUGUUUGUGAUGGCAGAAGUGAUGGGGACUCAAAAAGAUGCCGUUCUUGACACGGGCAGCGCCUCCAAGACUGAGAACGUGCCGCUCCAGGUCACCUCCAUCCGUCUGACCAAGGACAAUUACCUAUCUUGGUCUGCCGCUCUCGAGAUUGGGAUUACUAGCCGUGGGCGUCUCUCUUACAUCACUGGCGACAAACCUGCGCCCAUCAAAUCUGAUCCUCAAUGGGCAACGUGGGCGUUGGAGGACAGCCAAGUGAAGGUGUGGAUUAUCAGCUCCGUGUCAUCCGAUAUCCAGCCCCUCAUUCUGCGGAAGCCGACCUCUUUUGAUAUGUGGACUGUGCUUGCAAAGAUGUAUGGUCGCAAGAAGAGACAUCUGCGUACCUAUCAGAUUAAACGCAGUAUUUACUCUCUGACACAGGGUGAUUUGUCUGUUGCUGCCUUCUAUGCUGCCCUGAAGACCAAAUGGGAGGAGCUAGAUUAUCAUGUGACUGAUGAGUGGACGUGCGGUUCAGAUCAUUCCCUCUACUGGGAAAAGGAAUGGAUGGACCGUACGUUUCUGUUUUUGGGAGGCCUGCGGGAUGAAUUUGAGUCUAUUCGUAGCCAGAUUCUUAAUGGUGAUGAGAUUCCGGGGAUAGAGGAAGUAUAUGCUCGUGUUGAGUCUGAAGAACAACGUCGCCAGGUGAUGCAUCUUGACACCGGUCAUGGCCCUUCUGCCUUUGUCAGCCGUGCCUCAGGGACUGGGCAGCGUCCUGCCCGACAUUGCACUCAUUGCCACAAGUUGGGGCAUUCGGUGGAUUUCUGUUGGGAUCUUCAUCCCGAGAAGAGACUGGUCAGAGGUCGUCCUCCCUCUGGCAAGCGUAGCCCUACUGUGUCUGAUUCCAGUCAGAGCAAUUCUUCUAGUGGUGCAAAGUCCAAGUUGUCUCCUGCUCAACUCAAGGAGCUACAGGCGUACAUUAGCCGUCUAUCUACUACCCCUGAGGAGUCCUCCACGUCUGAAGGGGCUCAGCUAGCCCAAGCCCUCGUUGCCUCGACUGAUCAAGGACUUGGUGACGGGGAAGAAGAUUGGGAUUGGUUCGGUUACUGAUGGGCUCUACAGGCUGCCGGUACAAGUUGCUUCAGCGUUGAUUUCUGCCACGAGUGGUCACUUGUCUGGUGUGAAUGAUAGAUCUAC